AGGCGUGACGUUGUUCAUUUUGUUACAACACGGUGUCAGGCAGGCGGUAAAACAGCUUGUCAAUGCUUCUAAGGAGUUAUUCGCCAUUAAACAACAAGAAGAAAACAGCUUGUCAAGCCUGCAAACUCUUAUUCAAGCUCUUCAUUGACGCUGGCAAUAAUGGAUAAAGACAGCCUGAUUCUCCCCAAAGACUUUCCAGAGCUGAAGAACGACACAUUCCUGAGAGCCGCUUUAGGAGAAGAGAUCGAGCACAUUCCAGUGUGGUGUAUGAGACAGGCUGGCCGCUAUCUGCCAGAGUUCAGGGAAUCGAGGGCAGGGAAGGAUUUCUUUGAGACAUGCCGCUCCCCUGAAGCUUGCUGUGAGCUUACGCUACAGCCACUCAGACGAUUCCCAUUUGAUGCUGCCAUCAUCUUCUCUGACAUCUUGGUGGUCCCUCAGGCCAUGGGAAUGGAGGUUCAGAUGAGUCCAGGAAAGGGCCCCACUUUCCCAGAACCACUGAAGGAGCCUGAAGAUCUGCAGAGACUAAAGACUAAAGUGGACGUGUCGUCUGAACUCGACUACGUUUUUAAAGCCAUCACACUGACACGACACAGAAUAGAGGGAAAAGUCCCUCUCAUCGGCUUCACUGGAGCUCCAUGGACUCUAAUGUCCUACAUGAUUGAAGGAGGAGGCUCCACGACACACUCAAAAGCUAAACGCUGGCUCUACAGGUACCCAGAGGCCAGCCACAAACUCCUGAGCCAGCUAGCAGACGUCAUAGUGGAGUAUCUUCUCGGACAGGUGAAAGCUGGAGCUCAGGCUCUGCAGGUUUUCGAGUCUCAUACUGGUUGCUUGGGCCCAGUGGAGUUUGAAAAGUUUUCUCUGCCUUAUCUGAGAGACAUUGCUCGCCGUGUUAAAGACAAGAUCAAAGAAUCUGGUUUGGACAAUGUGCCUAUGAUCGUUUUUGCUAAAGAUGGCCAUUAUGGGCUUGAGGACCUCUCUGAGUCUGGUUAUGAAGUUGUGAGUCUUGACUGGACCACAGAUCCACGUUCAGCACGUAUCAGGACUGGAGGAAAAGUUAGUUUGCAAGGCAACAUGGAUCCCUGCGCUCUUUAUGCCACAAAGGAGCGCAUAUCAGAGAUUGUGAAGAGGAUGUUGGAAAGCUUCGGCACCAAGGGCUACAUCGCUAAUCUGGGUCACGGCCUGUACCCUGAUAUGGACCCAGAAAAUGUGGGCGCGUUUGUAGAGGCCGUUCACACCCAUUCUCGCCAGCUCCUCAACCGCAAAUAAGAGGUUACUCUCCCAUCAGAAGACCCUCUAAAACACAAGAGAAGCAACAACUGUUGGUGUACACCGCUUUAUCAUUAGAUAUGUUACAGGGUAAACCUCUCUCAAAAUCUGUCAAGAAAAUGUCCAGUUCUAUUUCACUCCAAAAUGAAAAGAAAUAAGAAAAUAGUUUUGGCUUAACGAGGAAGGACCAUUAAGGCUUUACAUUUCACAUUUCCCUCCCAAAUUCUCUUUACCAUACACUCUUAAGAAAAAUGGUUCUAAACAGUACCAGAAAAGGGUUCUUCA